GACGUAGAAGAAGAAGAAGAAGAAGAAGAAGAAGAAGAGGCGCGCUGUCUGAAUUUGAAUCACGGGAAAGAGCUGUACGCUGCCGGUGUCACCACAAUGGCUCAAGGGCAUAAAUUUCAGGACUUGGAGGAGACGGGGGAGGUGUUGGUGGCCUUCAUCAACAGCAGCCAACCGGAGAAACUGAGACAAGUGAAAGAUGAACAUCGGGCUUUUUUUGACCAUCACGUAGAAACAAAAAAGAUUGUGACACAGAUAUUAAAAGAUGUUGGUCAGAUUGAGGAGAGGGCGGGCCAGAUGCUGAUGGACAUGGAGGAGGAGAAGACGCAAAGGGAGAGGGAGCUGGAAAGCCUGGGGGAACAACUGAGGCAGGGCACAGCCAAGAGCCAGAUGACCGACUCUGAACUACAAUUUCUGCAGAGGGAGUUGGAGAGUCUGAGAAACACCGAGCACGAGCUUGAGACUCUUCAGACCGAGGUGGAUGAAGACACAACCGAGGUCAUCCCUUCAGCAAUAUAUGUGGCUCAGGUGUACUACCUCAUAACCAAGAUCAAGUGGGAAUAUGACACACAACCCAACAUCCUAAAAGGAGUGCACUACGGUGCAGACCUGGCGACUCCCAUCAACAUCGACACCUCUACGCGAUCUCGGAGUGACGUGAGCGACCAGCUGUGGGGCUUCGUCAGCACUGAGUGGUAGCUGAAGGACGGCCGUGUUGUCAGAAAUUAUGUUAUUUUUGUUUGUCUGCAAAUUUAUUUGUUUUCUUCUGUUCUUCACAACAUAUAUACUGUUUUAAAAAUGAAAUAUCUCUUUUGUAGUUAUUCUCUAAAUGCGUUCUAGUUACAUGGACUCGUCAGUGUUUUGUGGUGUUUGAUAAGGCUGAGUGGGCUGUUGGCCACUAGAUGUCACUGCAGAACUACUUUUUAAAAUAUAGUUUUGGAUCCAUAAUUGGGCUACUAAAUGAAAACUGAGCAAAAUCCUUAUGCUGAGAAAAACUGAGAUGCUGUUGAAAGCUUUAGAAGAUGCAUGUAGGUAGAUUGGUCUUACUAGUUUACUUUAGUUUAGACCAGUGGUUCCCUACUGGUUUUAUUCAUCUCAGUCAGGUUAGCUCAACUAGCCCCCCAUUAACACCACCAGUCAUGCUCCAAAUGUCUUCUAUUUAAUGGAAUAAAUUUAGUUUUUAACACUUAAAAUUACAUAAAUGUGGAUUACUAAAUUAGUAUUUUUAAAAAUACAUUUGAACUGUCAGUGUUAAUCAUUGCUUUGGCCUUUGCACUCAUAUCACCAGAGGCAGAAGCUGUCCAUUCAUUUAGCUGGCUAGACAACUGCUUUUUCAUUAUUUCACCUAGAUUAACAAUACCGUUAGCUAUUUUAUAUGUUUAUUCAUUACAUUUCAACUUAACAUUCAGUUAUCUAUUUCAAUUAUUUGUUCAUCACUCUUAGGGCAGCUGCAACACGUAGUGACAACAAACUCAGAUUCAUGGGCGGCUUACUGGAUAUUAUACAUUUACUAAAGUAAACACACACACAGAUUUGUUACCCCUUUUGACUGUAGUUUGUUCUGCCCUAACAUAAACAUCUGGGAAUAUAGUUUUUAAUCAAAUUUAAUCACAUCUUUGUGAUAUGAUUUUAUUGAUUAGUUGACACUGGAUCAAGGGUUUAGGCAAUGCAAGAUUGGCUCACAUUGGCAGUUUGAGGACAUUUUAUUGUUUAUAUGUAUUCAGAAAUAAUGCCCUUUCAUUAUUGCCAAACACACCUGUAAGUAUAACUGUACCAUACAAAACAAAAACAUUCAACUAUAAUGUGUCGAAAUCCUGGCAUGAUGGUGGUGAGUCAGCAGAAUAAAGUGGCACGAUAAAUGAGACCAAUAACUGCUGUAAUCUAACCUUCCAUCCAGGCAACAAUGAUACACAGCACGUCAUAUUAUUUACGCAUAGGCCCUCUCUACCGAGAACUGAAACUCAUUCCUUCUUUGCAAAGGAUUCCAUCUCACGACUGCACACGACUGCAGUGUGGUGUUUGGUUAAGAGUGGGCAGGGUAACGUACGGUGUCGGGGUGGCUCGUACCAUAACUUGCAAGAUCCACGCACCGACGUGUGGUCUCCUAACGGUAAACAGUGCAUCAGAUAGCUGUUCUUGCAGUGUCAUCUAAACCUCAGCCACACACAUCGCACAUCCUGACGAGUGGUUAACAAGUGGUUGCCACGGAGGGAGGGGUUUUAUUUUGUUAGACUGUUGUCAGUGUUUAUUUUUCCUUGUUGAAGUCUUGUGUUACCAUGAGCUUUAGUACUUUGUUCAUGAUAAUAUUCAGUAUCGUAAACCAGCACUUAGCUGCUCAUCACUUGGAGAUUACUAGUUUCACUAUUGAUGCUUAACUUACUAGUAACUAGCAUUGUUAUAGUAAUAAACAUAAACUAACUUGUGAUAUGGUAUAACUGAAGAAAGGCCUCAGUUAGUGGUGGUGCAACCUCAUUCUGAGACCCUCAUCGAGUUUAAAUUAAAUCAAAUUAAGACUCUGUGUCUUUUUAAGGUUUAUAAUAUAAUUGUUCUGCUUAUUCAAUGUUUAGCCACAUACUACAUAAACAUUAAUAAACCUGAAUGUUUGCUAUUCAUUUUGGGCAAAAGAGAAAAAAAAGUAUAUUUCUUUAUAUUAAAAUAAUAAAACAGAUUCACAUCUCUUAAUAGCUCAUAUAGUGUCCGUAUUGGCACAGCAAUUUGUGUUAUAUCACAUUUUACUCGGAUUGUAUGAGAUAAUGUUAAAAAAAAUUGUCUGAAUGUGUGGAAUAGAUGUAGUUAAUCUAUUUUAAUGUCAUUUAAAUUUUAUGGAGGCUUCUUUAGUUUAUCCUUCUUUGUCAUUAUAACCACAACAUUGCAUGCUGCAUAUAUAUUUAAGUUUUGUUCAGCAGUGAGAAAUAGGAAGGAUGUUGGACGUGAGAGA